AUGUCAACGUCUUGGAAUACUUCAAACCAGCCGUAUCCAGACCGAGAAUCAUCAGGUUGGCUAGCCGCACCGGGAGUUUACGUUAACGUCGAGUUCAAAGUCUCGAUGUCUGAAAACGAUAAGAUAUGUGGAGCGUCACUGAGAUACACAUCUAGGAACAUGAGGGAAAGGGAGAGAGCACGAGCAAAUACUCAUCAUUUGAGUAAUGCACCAAUACCAUCGAUAUUAACACCUGGUCACCAUCAACCUAAUCAAUCACCUCGCUAUUACCAAAAAUCACCGCAGCAGCAAGAACGGACUAGAGGGUUGGGUAUCAGGACGGAAAUACCAGAGAGAGGGAGAUCUGCACCACCGUCUUCGAACGAUAGGAGUCAUCCGAUUAGUCCAGUUAGCCCGAUGAGCGCAGUCAUUAGUCCACUACAACAACGAAUAGUGAAUUCCCCUCGACAAACCCUUACAGAUCGACUAGACCGACCUUUACCUUCGACGCCAGGAAGAUUUCGUCUCGGUGAAGAUAACUUACCCUGGUCAACACCUCCUUCUUAUUGGAUCGCCGAACCAGAUGCAUCAGCAAGUGUCGGUCCUACACGAAUGAGCAUCGAACCGUAUCAAGCACCUCCUCCAACCACCAGACGAAACGAAGAUCCUCAAAGGGUUCGAGAAUUAUCGGAACUUCAACAGGCUAUGAUGACGGUGGAUAGUAUGAGCCAUGAUGUAUGGGAACCUUGGAUGUGGGAUAGUGUAGGGGACAUGCCUAGAGGACCAAGGAGUAUUGGUUGGGCUGUGAGUUCGAACGAUGCAUCAGAUUCGCCGGCCCCGUCGUCUCCGGAUAUUCCUCCUCCGCCUCCAUAUGUUGUUAGUCAGUGGGAAAAUGCUUGUGAGAAGAGGGUGGCGGCUGGGCGACCGAGGAGUACGGGUUGA